AUGGCUGCAAUGAUGGCCGUUGACUUUCAAAACUGCUUCAUCUUUAUCCUCCUCUGCCUCUUCUCAAUUCUCUGUUACUCUUUCUUCUUCAGGAAACAAAAGGAUUCACGACUUGGCUUUGACCUGCCUCCGAGCCCUCCGUCUCUGCCUAUCAUUGGCCAUCUUCACCAUAUCCUCUCUCUUCUAUUGCACAAAUCUUUACAGAAACUCUCAUCCAAGUAUGGAACUCUCCUCCAUCUCCGCAUCUUCAAUGUCCCCUUAGUCGUCGUCUCCUCUGCUUCAAUAGCCUAUGAGAUCUUUAAGGCGUAA